AUGGAACAAUUGAAGAGAGAUAAGAGAGUAUCGUCAAUUAAGAAAUAUGGUUUUUAUGCUAAUAGAGAUCAUACGAUUUAAACUGGUCCGAAGAGAAUUUAAUACAAUAUCAAUCGUAAAUAGAAAAAGAAAAAUAAGUAAAAGGAUUAACAAGGGAAAGGUCAAUCUUUGUCUUAAUUUACUUAAGAAGAAGAUGAUCGAAUCCUUGGAUUAGUUCAAAAAUUAGGACCUAAAUUCGUAAAAAUAGCUCCUUUCUUUCCAAACAAAUCCUAUAGUAUGGUAAAAAACAGGUAUUACAAACAUUUAAGGGAAAAUCAUAAAGACAUUUGUUAAAUGUAAGUUAAGAUUAAUAUCUUAGACCUUGUGAUAUAAAAAUUGAAUAAGAAACUAUGUCUUAAAAACCUAAUGAGAAACUUGAUGAAUUGAAUUAACUAAUCAAUUCUAUAAAUCUGUCUCCAGAAAUCAUUUCAUUAACCUAAACCUUUAUCUAACAUCUUUCAAAGUGUCUAACUUGA